AUGUCAAAGGCAAAAUACAGUCAUCCAGCCACCUACGACAGCCUGUCCGAUCAAGAAAUCUCCGUGGUAAAUAAAAUAUAUACCUUUACCGAGGCAUAUUUCCAAAAUCCACGAUUUGACGCGUCUCACGACUUCAGCCACGUUAAACGCGUCGUGGCAAAUGCCCUCGCCAUCCUAGAAAAGGAGGAAGAGCUUCGAAAGCAUAAACUCCAACCAGCACUGAACCCGCUGAGCGUUAUUCUCGGCGCUCUUCUUCACGAUGUUGAAGACAAGAAAUAUUUGGUUGCCGAAGACAAUUCCUCUCCAACGAAGCGUGCUGUUAUUGACGCCGGAUUGUCAGAGGAAUAUGCGGAACAUAUGCAACAACUCGUCGAAGGUGUUUCGUAUUCUUCAGAAGUGCAAGAUCCACGGCGGGUGAUCGAACUAAUCGAGACCAUUCCAGAGCUGGCUAUUGUCCAAGAUGCGGAUCGACUUGAUGCUAUCGGAGCUGUUGGGAUCGGCCGCUGCUUCACUUUCACCGGUGCCAAAGGGGCUAAAAGUCUGCAAGAGGCCAUCGACCACUUUGACGACAAAUUGCUCAAACUCGAGGCAAUGAUGAAGACCGAAGCGGGGAGGUCGAUGGCGGAGGAAAGGUCCGCUCGAAUUCGAGAGUUUAUGUCGUGGUGGCAUGAUGAGGUCGACUAG